AUGGUCGAUCGCUUCUGCGACCCGCUAAUCUGCGAUUUCCUCUUCGCCGAUGAGCCGCUCCACAUCCAGCCGCUCACCUCCCCCGAUUUUGCCCGCGCCUGCUUUGUCAGCGAGCUCCUUUGCACGCGCGUCGCCUCCGCCCCGACCCUCCCGCUCUCCAACCCGCACGCGUGGGGCUUCGACAACCGCCGCCAGAAAACCGCGGGCAACUACCUCUUCUCCCACCGCAUGACCCUCAACCAGCUCACCCUGGGCGUCGGCGUCCUCGAGGUCACGGAAACCAUGGAGAACGCCGCAGAGCCCGACCCGGAGCAAGCCGUCACCAUCUGCCAUGACCUGCGCUUCAUGUACGACUCCGUCAAGCGCCAGAUCCUCGUCGUCAUGGACGUCCCAGAAACCGAGCACGUCAUCAUACAAACCGCAGAGUCCGACUCCGCCAUCGAGGGCUACAUCUUCCUGGCCACCUUCCGCCGCAGAGAGCUGCGGGACCUCAUCCGCAAUCGUCGCGCCGAGCUCUCCAUCUCCACCCUCAUGAAGGAGCUCAUCGGCUCCGUCCACACCUCGCGCAUGCGUUCCUGCCCAACGUGCGGCGGCGGCCCCGCCUCGGCCUGCACGUGCUACGCACGCCUCGCCGCCACCCGACGCGCAAAACAUUUGUUUGAUCCCGACUUGUUCAAGUUUUCCAUCAUCCAGGACUUUGGUGAUUACUUUGGCGUUACGAGUAAAGUGCUGUAUGACAGGGGGAAAAGGAUGAGCCGGUCCAAACUAGGCGCCCAGCUUUCUCUGAGAGCCAACUACGAUCCAGACGUCGCUGAGAGGCUGCGCAAUUGGUCGCUCACCAAGUUUGCACGUGGCCAACACGAAUGGCCCAACCCGUCGCUGCGCCUCACGGGCGGCUCACGACGGCAAAGCCAGUAUGACGAUGCCGUCGUUAUGUACGGUGAGGACGGGGAUCGAGAGUUGCUAAAGGAACGGAGCCCGAUCGAACAACUGGAGCCUCUGCUUGAUCAGCUGAGCACGCUGCACAUCGAGGACGACGACGACGACGAAGACGAAGACGACGGAGGGGGUGAUGUAGCCGUGACAGAAGCAAAUUUGACAGAGCCAGGCGGCGAGCAGUAUUCGCAUUUGCUGCUUUCGGAGCCGGUAGCGUACGAUGUGGCUUCGCCAGUGAAUUCGCAGGUCACCUCGCAGAUGACAAAUGGGGGCGCACCGUUGAGAGGGAUGACCAUGUCGCCGUCUAUGACGACAGAGAACUCGAGCACGGCGCCGGACUGGUUCCAGCUUCAAUCUUCCUCGGACAUGCUCCCCGCCGCCGGGCCGGACGCUCAAACAGUCAGCUCUGCUUUCGAAGCCGAAAGCCUUGUCGUGCCCCUACCCUCGCAACAGGUGCCUGCCCCAGUGGCUGCGGUGCAAUCGUUCUCUCCCGGGACGACGCGGACGCAGGUGUCGAUCCUCCAAGACUUGCAGGCUGCGCGGCGGCGGGUGCGUAACCGGGCGUCGGCAAACAGGAGCAACCAGAGGAAGAGGGCAAUCAGAGAUAAGGUGGCGGCGGACUUGAAGAAUAUGAAGGAUCGGUGCGAGGAGCUCAGGAAGGAGGAGGUGAGAUUGAGGGCUGAGAACAUGGAGCUUAGAAAGAGCCUGAGAGAUCCAGAGGCGGUAUGAAAAGCAGACCGAGGCCAACCUAACUCUCAGCAUGUACAAUAUUGUACAGUAGUGAAACCGGCUGUACUGUAUGUACGCGUAUAGGCGGAGUAAAUUUAUUACUGUCAAC